AUAAUAACUAAAAGAAGCAACUACUUCGUUGGGACUACCUGUGAGGUCAUUAUGCCUGAAUAAAAGAGGAGUGGCCGAUGGAGGUCUGUUUCUGAUCCCGCCCGAAAAACAAAAAAACAAAAGUCAACACCUGACGCACAGAAAUUAUUGGUCGAAUCAUCAAGAGGUGUUGUAAAAAUAGAAAAGAACUACUACCACCAAUAAAAAAUUAACUCGUUCGUGCAAGGCAAGUUUCUUUUCGGAGGUCAGUAAUCUUUAUCGGACUAAAUCUACCUGUUACCUGUUGGAGAGGCUAGUGGAGCAACUCUCAUUGCCAUCCUGCAUUUAAACGAAAAUCUGCAGUGAAGCGAUGGGCCCAACUAGUGCUCCAAAAGGAUGUGGUGGUGAUGUGAGCUCCAUAUAUUAUAAUCUGUGUGACCUGACAGCAGUAUGGGGCAUCGUAGUGGAAGCUGUUGCUGCUGUUGGUGUGUUGACUGCCUUUAUCUUGUUUGUCAUUCUCAUGGCUAGCUUACCGUUUGUGACAGACAAGAAGAGAAAGGGUAUGGUGGGCCUGCAGGCCAGCAUUUUAGUUUUCACACUGGGUCUGUUUGGACUUAGUUUUGCCUUUAUUGUGGAGCAGUAUUCUACUACCUGUGCUGCGCGGAGGUACCUGUUUGGAGUACUCUUCACAGGCUGUCUGGCCUGCCUGGUGAUGCAUGGGCUGUGGCUUGUCCUGCUGCAAAGGGGAGGCCGGGGGCCCAGGAGCUGGAUGUUAUGGCUGGGAGCCCUGGCUCUCUGGCUUGUCGAAGUGAUCAUCAACACCGAGUGGCUUGUCAUUACUGUGGCCAGGAGCCCACUCAGAGAUCUCAGUGUUCCUGACCUGGCCUGCAGCAUUGUCAGCCGGGACUUUGUGAUGGCCCUUAUAUAUGUAAUGGUUCUGAUAGCAGCUGUGGUGCUAACGUCUGUGCCCUCACUAACACACAAGCAAAAGCACUGGCGCCGAGAUGGAGCCUUUAUUCUGGUCACAGGAGUCCUCACUUUGGCUCUUUGGAUAGCUUGGAUUGUCAUGUACAUCCAUGGGAACCAAGCAGUUGGUAAUCCCAGCUGGGAUGAUCCGACUCUGGCUAUAGCCGUGGUGUCAAAUGCCUGGGUGUUCCUCUUCUUCUAUGCAAUUCCAGAAGUCUGUUUAUUGACCCAGGAGGACCCAAACAAGGAACAACCCGAUGGAGAGGAAGUCUAUCCUGCUAGAAGCCUGGUUUACGACAACAUCCUGAAGGAGCCACAGCCUACCCAGCAGCAUGUCUACAUAGAAAAUAAAGCCUUUUCUAUGGAUGAGCCAGAAUCCACAAAUCCAGCGUCUCCAUAUGGGGCUUACAAUGGUCAGGCACGAAGUUGUUUAUACCAGCCCACUGAAAUAGCCUUGAUUGCCAAAGGUCUGACAAGGAAAGACCAAGAGUCAAUGAUACUUCGAACCAUACCUGCCCCUUUGAAUAUGGGGAGCUGCAGCUCCGGAUCUUGUUCAGUGGAUUCCUUAACAUCUUCAGGACUAUCAUAAGUUAGCAGCCUGUACUGCUACCCAAACAUGUGGUGAUAACAGCUAUGAAGUUAAUCUACACUGAGCUUUUCCAUCUCAGAGCUCCAAGGAUCAGAUGUUUUAUAUCUCCUUUUCUCUUAAGCAAUAACAGAGUGAAUGUCUAGUAAUAUUCUGUAUAUGACUGCUUAGUUUCCAUUAAUGCUUAUGCAAUGCUUGCUCUGUGUACAUCAAAACCACACAUUAUAAUAAUGAUGCAAACCAUACUGGGC